UCUGUGUAAAUUAGACAGACGACUUGCAUAGCUAGCAUUGACAAUACAUUAUUAGUGGCUUCAAAUUUAUCUAGAUCAAAUUGUGUUUCAUCAGACGUCAAUCUGCGGUGAUGACUGCCUUGUAACACACUGAUGGAUACAGAUUUGAAGAAUGACUUCUACUAUGCCCAUGAUAUUGACAAUGUGAAGGAGGAUACGCAAUUGUUAAGCCAGCGCAAGUUGGGCCUGGGGCAAGGAGCUGGAGGUGUGAAGGUGUGAAAUGGAAAGAUGACCAGCUUAUCUGUGAAAUAUCUGUGACUGCAAAACAAUCAAAAUCAAGUUGUCAUAUAUUGCAUAUUUUCUUCUUUAUGUCAGCAGUAGGACUCACAGUUUUGUUCUGGAAUGCAGUUCUUGCUAUCAUGAUUAGUGUUCUGCUUGUUCUGUACAUUCAUUCUUCAGUUUCAAAAGAAACACUGCUGCUGAUAUCUUCCCUUGGGGUGCAAAUAUCUUCGGAGUAUGUCACCGGACGUAGAGUCACCAAGUUUAUUCCUUUCAGAGCAGUUCAAGACAUUGUUAUCCAUGAAGCUGUAACAAUGAACAAGGUAGUUUACUAUUUGGCUGUUCUUUUGAAACAUCAAAAUGGUACAGAGUGGACAAAUUCAUUGGUGCCAGUAUUUAUGCACUCCAUGCCAAGACUUGAUAAACUUCAAGAAAUCCAUGCCUCCGUUCAUAGAAUGUGGGACUUUGAAAAGCACCAUUUGGAAUCAUCUAAAGCAGGUGGAGAUAACUGUGCUGUGAGAUGACAGCAAAUUUGAAUAAACAAACAAGCUGUAGUAAAUUAUUAGACUAGAUAUUUUGUAAGUUAUACAAGACUACACAAGACUGGUGACAUGUAAUUUUGCCAAAUACGAUAUCCCAGAAUUUCCGUGUUUUUUUAUAUGAGUCUGAAUUACUAAAAACCCUUAUACAAAUUUUAACAAAUAGUACACUUUAAGUGAGUUUUAGAGAUCGUAUAAUAACUGUAGCUGUUGGGAAUGAAAAUUAUUGAAAUCUGAUUUGACAUCUAAGAACAAGUCACCUGUUGUGCAUAUAAUCAUUUUAAUUUACUAAAAGAUUUAUGAAACACCUUCAGAUUGUCUACUUUUCCAUUGAAAGUGUGUUUAUAAAAUUUCAAAGAAAUAUUUUGGACUAAAAUCUUUAUUUUAUGAC